AUGCAUGACAUACUUGAGGGUUGCUUACAGUAUGAAUUAAAAAUAGUUCUUCAUCGCUUAUUACUAAUUGAUUGCCUGUUGACCAUUGAGGAAUUCAAUGGUCGAUUGCAAAUCUUUAAUUUUGACAUUGAUAAGAAAAAUAGGCCGUUGCAAAUAACACGUGAAAAACUUGUUUCUAAAGACAAAAGCUUAGGUUUAAAUGCAACACAAAGUUGGUGUUUAGGAAGAUUUUUUUGUUUGUUGCUUGGUGAUGUUGUAGAUACUGAUAACCAGUACUUUCAUUUAAUUCAUUUAUUAUUGGAAAUAUGUGGAAUAACCUUUGCUCCAAAAGUGACUGUUCAUUUGAUAACUUAUUUAACAGAGGUCAUUAUCAUUCAUCACAAGUUGUUUACAAAGAUAUUUUCUGGACAUACUGUUAUUCCAAAACAGCAUUUUCUUGUCCAUUAUCCUUCAAAAAUUUUACAACUAGGUCCUUCACCAAAUUAUUGGUGUAUGCAAUUUGAAGGAAAACAUGCUCUUACAAAGGAGCAAUGUCAGAUUUUGCACAACUUUAAAAAUGUUUGCAAAAGUAUUGCAUGGCGUCAGCAAAUACAAUUACAUCUUGAUUUGUCAAAUUUUGCAAGUAUACUCAGUGUAGAAGUAGGUCCUGGUAUUGAAAUUAUGCCUGCUUGCUUACCUUUGCAAGUGGCUGUUUUUGGUAAAAUUCCACUGUAUGAAGAAUGUUUUUGUGCAAGUUAUGUAAUCACAGAUGGUGUAAAGUACAUGCAAGACUUUAUUGUAGUUUUAGGACUAACCAAACUUUGUCUCCCACGUUUCGGAAAGAUUCUAUAUUUACUUGUCCGUGAAAAGGAAUGCACACUUAUAGUUGAAAAUCUUUUUACCAUACACUAUGAUGCUCAUUUUGCUGGCUACAAUGUAUGUAAAACAUCUAAAUAUACAGCUGUUAAAAUAGACAAUUUAUUUGAUUCUCAAGUACUGUUGUUGUCAACUGGCUUCAGAAAGUAUUCUGAUGAAAGUUUUGUUAUAACAAGACAUGAAUAUAUUAGCCUGGAUAUAAUAACAUAA